AUGACGUCUAAUGAAACUGGUUUGGCUUUUUCUGGUGGUGGCAUUCGGUCAGCGGCACUAUGCUCUGGAGUCCUGCGCAGGCUGCUAAAGGAUAACGCAAAAGUGGACUACCUGAGCUGCGUGUCAGGGGGUGGUUAUACAGGCACAUCCUUUCUGGAUUGGAAAAAAAGAAAAGAGAAAAAAACAGAGGACAGCAAACAAUGGCAUGAAGAGUUCUUUGAAAACAUGCGACAAAGAGCAGGUUAUUUUUGUAACUGGGAGAAGCCAUGUCAAGGAAUCCUUGAUGCGAUUUUGAUGUUCCUCCUCGUACUCACUGUCACCGUCAUUGAACUGAUUAUAAUACGCGGAUCAUACGCAUUUCCACUUGCCUUUGUCAUCGAUUACCUCUUCGGAAAGUUACUUCGAGCAAAAGUGAAUUGUGAUCACUUUGCAUCAACCUCUUCUCCAAGUAACCCAAACGCUACGGCGCAAGAAAUCCGGAAACGCUGUCAGAAAACCGUAGUUUUCACUAUGAUUUCCCUGUUUUCAGUCCUGCUCGUGUUAUUUGUCAUCUUCUUUAUUCUGUCGCAAACGUUAUCCAGGAGGAAGUCUAGAUAUUUCAGACUUUUCUCACUAAUUUCCUUCUUACUUCUUUCUCUUACUUUCCUCCCAUUUGCAAUCCACGAUUUUUUCAUUGAAAUCCCCCUGUGGAGUCGAGCGAUCAUCGUAGUAAUUGGUGUGGUUCUAUGGUUCCUCCUACCUCUGUUGCGGGACAAAACGUCCUACGGCAUUCUUAUCUAUCUCUAUCCUUACAUCAUCUAUUGGAAAGUGUACGAAGCCAAGGUUGUUGGUGUUGUGUAUUCCGAUGGGCUGUUUAAUAAGCUGCUCUUUGCCUCCGGCUUUAUUAUGUGGUUUGUUCCCUACCUGGCACAAUCACGGAAAAGCCUCAGCCAUGUCUUCAACAGGUAAGACUAAAAAAAAUUAAUGUCUAUCCGCAGAAAAGAAAGAUAGGGUGGGUACUGGAGCAAAGUGGCCCCCCCCCCAGCCGGAGCUUAUCCCGGCUAUCUUAGCAUGACUAGGAGUAUGACUACUCCCCCCAGGAAAGGAUUUUAGUCGAUCACAACGUUAUCCCCAAGAAUUUUAUCAGGCUUCUCUGACAAUUCGCUGGUACCCUUUUCUAUUCUUGUGUGGAGAGUGGGACUAUGAUAGUUAAGUCUUUCGCCCAAGAACACACCACAUUGACACGGCCAGAUCUUGAACCCAGACCUCUCGAUCUCCAGAAUUCGAAGUUCAGCGCACUACCAUUUAGGCCACAGCGUUUACCAUAUCUGCAGAAUGUUUACCACUAAAUGAUAACCAACUUAAUCACUUAUGACCCUACUAAUUUGCAGAUGGAGACUUCAGAAGGCAUUUUACUCAAAGGAAAGUUUAGCUACCAAGGGAUGUCUGGAAAUACUCCAUGACAUUGUCUGCCCUUUAUGGACAUGUCUGAAGAGAAAACAGAAGCAGCAAUCUUUGGAGGAUGAUCCAGCAAAUGAAAGAUCUUUGAAGCUAGCAGAUCUCAGAGACCUUGAGCCUAAAUAUAUAUCAAACAUGACCAUCCACAGCUGGAAGAAAGAGGAAGAUUCUGACUCAGAUGAUGAUCUCCUGACAAUGUCGCCUACCACAAUAGAAUGCUGGAAGAAAGAGGAAGAUUCUGAUUCAGAUGAUGAUCUCCUGACAAUGUCGCGUACCACAAUUAAAGAUAAGCUGAGGCCUCGAGAUAUAGAGUUGUCAGACGCCAUGGCGACGUCUGCAGCAGCGAUUUCCAGAUACGAUAAUAACUUUGAAGUACUCCGCCUUUCCACGAUUCUUGGACUCGAAAUGGGAGCCACAGUGAUCAGUAACUUCGAGGCAAUUAAAAAAGAGGGAUGGCUCAUGAAGGUAAGAGGGAUCAGAUAACUUUCAUCUUACAAUAACUCCAACAGGACUGCUGUUGAGUUUUGGUCUUCCCAGGGAGUUUCUCUCUGAGAAUGAUAUUCGUUUGGCAAGGACAUACUAUGCUGAGUGUACUCCAAUGCAGUUGGGAUCAGUUGCUCUGACGGAACAGGAGGGGGGGAGCUUCGGGAAAGGCAGGAUUUUAAAGGAAUCAUAGGGUUUUCAGGGGGGAAGAGAUCAGUCGUGGCCAACAGAUUAUAAAGGACAAACAUUACCUGUCUUCCCAUAAAGCCUUAUGGGAAGAUCUGGUAAAUUUUAUUGUGACACCUCCAAAGUCUUUCCAACCACUCCCCCCAUCCCCCCCCCUCCCCUUCUCCCUUCCUCGUGAUAAAUAAUGACCGAUCUCUAAGCAUAAUAUUUGCUCGGCAAGUAUAUAUCAUGUUGAAACAGACUAACAGUAAGGUGACUUCCUUGAUUCUGUCAUUAAUUAAUGCGUCAGGCCUGCAUGUAUCUUUUUCUCUUUACAACAGCUCCUCCCAAUUCUCAUCAACAUUCUCCGUGGUCUUCCAUUGAUCGCUGUACCAGCGGUUUACUAUGGCAGAGGAGAUGUGUGGUCAAUUAAAGCAGGAGUAUUCACAUUCUUUGCAAUUCAUCCGAUGUUGGCUUGUAUUGGAGCUUUCGCUGUUACAGGAGCUGAGAUCCCAAGCUUAUGGGAGAAGAUAGCCAGGUAAGGAUUGUAUAAAUCUUAGCACCUUGCGAUGGUGUGGCUAGACCCAAACCUAAAUACUCAUAAAUGUCAAUCUGAACAAUGGGAAAUAUUGGAAGGAGCCUGGGAGAACUCGUGGUAAAUUGUUCAAUGCAACCAGCCUUAAGGGCAAGAAAAAUAAGCACCAAAAAACUGGUUUUCCUAACUGAUUAAUGCAGAAGGUGGUCCAGAAUUUUGAGUAAAACUAAAGCAACUCUUGUGUUCCUUUGACACACCACUGGAAUCGCUCUAAAUGAUAAGUUGAAGGAACCCAAAACGUCCAUGCCUCAGUUAUGGCGACCAGAUUAAUCCCGAUCGGAAGUUAAUUGAAUGAAAGCUUUCUAUAAUUAUAUAUAAUAUUUAUGAUCAUUGUGGUUACUUUGUAAAUCGUCAUACGACUUGAGCCCACUCCAAUCACAGAGAGGGGUAAAAUUCUCAGCUUAUAGUUUGAAAACGUCAGAUUUAGAAUCUCUUUAUGGUGGUCCAUUUACAUUAUCAACUCAGUUGACAAAACCAAAUCAUCUUGUAAUACCUUCCACCGAUGCAGCAUCACGGUUUCUUUAGAAACUUACUCCCUUUAAAAAAAUAUAUUAUGUUAUUUUACCAAGGUAGUUCAUCGUGCACGUGUCCUUUGUGCAGUUCGUGAGAGAGGGCCUUAACAUUGAAAACAUCGGACCCAUGCCUCCUCCCGUCAUGCUUCUCAGCGAUGGAGGCCACGUGGAAAAUCUUGCUAUUUUGCCAUUGUUAAAGAAGAAACUCAAGAAAAUUAUUGUGGUGGAUGGCGGUUACUAUUCCAAUGAGAUGAAGUAUGGAAAAUACCUACUGAGAGCUGGCUCGUAG